AUGCAAUUUGAUGAUUUCUACAAAACUGUUGGAGUAUUUGGUCGAUACCAAAAAGUCAAAUAUUUCUUAAUAUGUUUGACAUAUAUGCUUCCUCCAAUAAUGGUUUAUACAUGGACAUUCACAGCUGCUACACCAUCUUUCCGUUGUCGAAUAUCAGAAGAAGAUAUGUAUGAAGAUAAACAUCCUAAUGAUCUUUUACAUCAUUAUAUUCCAAGUGAAUCUCAAUGUCGUGAAUAUCAAAGUCAAAUAUCUUUACGUGAAUGUCAAAGAUGUUAUCAAAAUAUAAAUAAAAGCUAUUCUUAUGGUGAAAAUAAUGGACCAUUGAAAGCAUGUAAUAGUUUUAUAUUUGAUCGAACAUAUUAUCAAUCAACAUUAGUUGAAGAAUGGUCUAUGGUUUGUAAUGAAGUAACACUUAAAACUUUUGUUCAAACAAUAUUUUUUUUCGGUUAUAUGAUUGGUUCACUUAUAUUUGGUAUUUUAUCUGACAAAUUUGGUCGACGACCCAUUAUGGGUAUUUCUUUUCUCAUAAUCUCUUUGGGCAGUUUUGUAUGUGCAUUUGCACCACAACAAAAACUUGGCUUUGAAAUAAGUUACGUACUUUUUCUAUUUGGUCGAUUUUUAGUUGCAUGUGCAACUCGAGGUGUAGCUCUUACUGGCUUUGUUAUCGGUAUGCAUUAA